UAUAAAUGCUGUGUUUCCUCUUCUCCUAACCCAUUAAACUCUCUCUUAAUCUCUUCUUUUUCUUCCACUUUCCACCAUUUUCAUUUCUUAAACUUAUUUUUAUCAUCAGAUCUCUCUAUCUAUCUCACAGAGGAGAAGCAUAUCAUCAUCAUGUGGAAGCUGAAGAUUGCAGAAGGUGGCAAUGAUCCAUACAUUUACAGCACAAACAACUUUGUGGGAAGGCAAACAUGGGAGUUUGAUCCUGAAGCAGGGACUCCCGAGCAGCGAGCUGAGGUUGAAGCUGCUCGUCAAAAUUUCUACAACAAUCGGUUUCAGGUCAAGCCCAGUGGUGAUCUUCUCUGGCGAAAGCAGUUUCUUGGAGAGAAAAAUUUCAAGCAAACAAUCCCAGCGGUAAAGGUGGAGGAUGGAGAAGAAAUAACGUAUGAAACAGCUACAGCCUCGUUGAGGAGGGCGGUCCAUUUCUUCUCAGCCUUGCAAGCCUCCGACGGCCAUUGGCCAGCUGAAAAUGCUGGUCCUUUGUUUUUCCUUCCUCCAUUGGUGAUGUGCACCUACAUUACAGGGCAUUUGGAUACUGUAUUUCCAGCAGAGUAUAAGAAGGAAAUCCUUCGAUACAUAUACUAUCAUCAGAAUGAAGAUGGUGGGUGGGGAUUACAUAUUGAAGGUCACAGCACUAUGUUUUGUACAGCUCUCAGCUACAUUUGCAUGCGUAUCCUUGGAGAAGGUCCUGAUGGUGGUCUAGAUAAUGCUUGUGCUAGAGCUCGAAAAUGGAUUCUUGACCGUGGUGGUGUCAUUCACAUUCCUUCUUGGGGAAAAACUUGGCUUUCGAUACUUGGUGUUUUCGAGUGGUCUGGAAGCAACCCAAUGCCUCCAGAAUUUUGGAUUCUUCCUUCAUUCCUUCCAAUGCAUCCAGCCAAAAUGUGGUGUUACUGCCGCCUGGUGUACAUGCCAAUGUCAUAUUUAUAUGGCAAGAAAUUUGUUGGCCCGAUUACACUUCUCAUUCUAAAAUUAAGGGAAGAGCUCUACAUUCAACCUUACAAUCAAGUUAAUUGGAGGAAAGUACGCCAUUUGUGUGCCAAGGAGGAUCUUUACUAUCCCCAUCCUUUGAUGCAGAUUUGAUUUGGGACAGUCUAUAUAUAUUCAAGAGCCUUUCUUACACGUUGGCCUUUCAACAAGUUGGAAGAGAGAAAGCAUUCAAGUAACAAUGAAGCACAUCAUUAUGAAGAUGAUAGUCGAUACAUCACCAUUGGAUGUGUAGAAAAGGUGUUAUGCAUGUUAGCUUGUUGGGUGGAAGAUCCAAAUGGGGAUUAUUUCAAGAAGCAUCUUGCUAGGAUACCAGAUUUGUGGGUUGCUGAAGAUGGAAUGAAGAUGCAGAGUUUUGGAAGCCAGGAGUGGGAUGCUGGUUUUGCUAUUCAAGCUUUGCUUGCUAGCAAUCUCACUGACGAAAUAGGACCUGUACUCAAGAGAGGACACGAAUUUAUCAAGGCAUCUCAUGUGAAGGACAAUCCUUCUGGGGACUUCAAGGGAAUGCAUCGACAUGUUUCGAAGGGAUCCUGGAUUCUCUGACAGGAUCAUGGAUGGCAAGUUUCUGAUUGUACUGCUGAAGGUUUAAAGUGUUGCCUGCUUUUCUCCAUGAUGCCACCAGAAAUCGUUGGUGAGAAAAUAGAACCUGAGAGGUUAUAUGAUUGUAAUAUCCUGAUAUCAUUGCAGCUACUGAAUCCCACAGAAUUUUUUGCGGAAAUAGUGAUUGAGCAUGAAUAUGUUGAGUGCACGUCAUCGGCUAUCCAUGCUUUAGUUUUGUUUAAGAAGUCAUAUCCAGGACAUAGAAAAAAAGAGAUUGAAAAUUUCAUCACAAAUGCAGUUGGCUACUUGGAAAACGUCCAACUGCCUGAUGGUUCAUGGUAUGGAAAUUGGGGAGUUUGCUUCACAUAUGGUACAUGGUUUGCGCUUGGAGGACUAGCAGCAUCUGGCAAGACUUACAACAAUUCUGCAGCUAUGCGUAGAGGGGUUGAUUUUCUUCUUAAAUCACAGAGAGACGAUGGUGGUUGGGGAGAGAGUUAUCGUUCUUGCCCAGAAAAGAAAUAUAUACCUCUUGAAGGAAACAGAUCAAAUUUAGUUCAUACUGCAUGGGCUAUGAUGGGUUUAAUUCACAGUGGACAGGCGGAAAGAGAUCCAACUCCUAUUCACCGUGCAGCUAAGUUGAUAAUCAAUUCUCAACUAGAAGAUGGUGAUUUUCCCCAACAGGAAAUUACAGGAGUAUUCAUGAAGAACUGCAUGUUACAUUACGCAGCCUAUAGGAACAUUUACCCACUGUGGGCUCUUGCCGAAUACAGAAGGAGGGUUCUGUUGCCUUCCAAGACUACUGUUUGAGAAAUCCAAUACAGAAGCAAGUUCAUUAUCAAUAAUUGAUUUACAAAGUCAUAAAAUCUUUAUACCUUUCUUUUUUUU